AUGUCCACUGCGGUCGCUCCUCCUACCGCUGCUCCCCUGCGCCCAAUAGUCAACCGUGAGCGUGCCAACGACUCUUCCACGAACUCGUACCCCGUUCUCGCUCCAAUGUCAUCGUCCACCUCCACUCCGUCGCAAUCUACGAACACGACUUCUGCCGUCUCCUCAGCCGACCGCGGCUCGGGGAAAACCACCUCCCCGGUUGGCAAGCGGUCACCAAAUACCUCUCGAAGCGGAGGUGCCGUAUCCAAAAUAUCCGUCAAGAAGGAACCUCCAACCUCUCCCAGCCUGCACUCCAGUUCCCGUCACCGGCCGCGCAAACUCGAUCUCUCUGCCAGCACUCUCUCUUCACACUCAACCACAUCGCGUGGCCCUUUAACCUCACGGGAAGGUGGCCUGGCUGCCAUGCAUGAUGUUGGCCUGGCCUGUCUAUCACCCGGCUUCCAGACCCAAGACCCAGCCAUCCGAGAACAGCUCCAGCGCAGCAUCUCUGUCAGAGACCAGCAGAGGUCCAUCAUUGAAUCGCGCCUGCAAAAGACAGCCAAAGGCGACGGCCCUGAUGGAGUCAAACCAUCUGAAUCAAAUCUCUUUGGAUCGCUCAAAGCCUCAUCCACGAACAAGAAACGACCCCCUCCAGGCUUAUCAAUCGUUCCCCCCUCCGCCUCUCAGUUCGCCAAUGAACGGGUUAUUCAGUCCGCCCCGCUCAACCAGACCUUCACGGGACGCCACCACCCACACCACAUCACUCAUCAUCUCAUCUCACACCCAUCUGACCACAUGAACUCCCCUUCCUCCACCCACAUCCACCAUGCACCAGCGAACCAAACUAACAACCGCCUUCCGCCCAUUGCGGAUGUCUUUGGCUCCGAUGCUCUCGUUCCCCGCACCCAAGACCGCGACCAUCGCGACUGGGAUCGUGAUGAUAGAAAUAUCCCCCGCAACAACCACAGCAGCAGCAAUCAUAAUACUAAUAAUACUAAUACUAAUAAUAAUAACAAUAACAACUUCUAUCAAUCAGCCACAACCGCACCGAGACCACCACUAGCUAAUCCCACUAAUACUAAUAACAGCAGUAACAACAACAUUCCUCUUCCCUCUCCCAGCCUCCCUAUAAAUCAAAACCAAAACCAAAACACCUCUUCUACAUCCUCCACCUUCUCCUCCAUGCAAAGACCCCGCGAAUACCGCUCGGCCGAAGAAGCCGUCCACGAACUCGCGGGUGGCCGCGAAGAUCUCCUCCCGCGCAUCAUACAUUACAAUGGAAACAGUAACCUUGCAAACGCCAACAAUAACAAUACCAAUUCAGCCCAAGGACCCCAACACCACCACUCCCCCGGCGCAAACGGCAAUCACCAGUCUCAGCAACAGCAGAGCUCCCUAUAUCCCCACCACCCACACUCAGCAGCCACACCUAUAGCCGGUAGCGGCAUACACGUGUCCCAAUCUAGCCGUCGCCGCUCGCGCAACGAAUACGAGCGUGAUAAUGGCAGUCCGCCACUAGGUGCUGGGCCGGAUGUGCGUUUUCGACACGCGCCACUACCGCCUGUUGCAGCGUCAACGGCGAGUGCUGGUGGAAGUGGGAGUGCGGCCGGGAAUGCGGCUGGUGGUAGUCCUCCUGGAGGGUAUGCUGCGGGUGGUAUGGGGUAUGGUGGCGGGUAUGGGUCGUUUGGGGCCAGGAGAGAUUCGCCGGACACGCAGAGGAGGAAGAAAGAUGAGUUUUUGGGAUUGUGUGCGCGUGCGUGGGACUUGUUUCAUUCGUAG